CGGAGAGAAUGCUUCAUGCUGACGCUGAAGGUCCCAGUCAACAUGAAAUAUACUCUCGAGUACUGCAUGUUCCAGGGCAACGGUAGCACACCGAAUCUGCCUCAAUGUCAAUCCGACUGCGCUGGACUUUACCCGGUGCUCGCGAGUUCGUGGUUCACUCCAACACCGGCAGAGCAAUAUGACUAUUGCUCCAUCAACAAUACUGCUUUUCCAACCUACGUGGACGAAUGCGCCUCUUGUUUGCAAGCACGUUCUGGUUCAGUGAUUCUUGGCAAUUACCUGAAUGCGAUGAAGGCCGGCUGUGACACCAAGCCCAACGCAACAUUGGGCCAGACGAUUUCUCUCCAACGAGACCUCUUCGACACGGCGGCGGGAACUCUACCUCCGACGAUAUCCGCGGGGAUCGCAUCGAUAUCGAGCUCACCCUCGUCCAGCGCCACGGGUGCAUCUGGGAGCAGCGGCUCCGCGUCAGGGAACGGCGCGGACCCCACGAGCGGCGGCACCACACCAGCAUCGCCGUCCCCGUCGAGCAGCUCCUCAACAGGCCUCAGUGGUGGUGCCGCCGCCGGCAUUGGUGUCGGCUGUGGCUUGGCCGCGAUAGCGUCGGUCGGGGCGCUGGGAGUGUUCGUCAUCCGUCGACGCCGGUCCCGCCGUGCCAUGGCGGCGUCAUCCGAUUUCGUUGACCCCAAACGAUCGUACAUGGCGAGCCCAUAUCAUCAGCAGCAGCACAUGCCGGAUGGUCAGUAUAUUCAGCAGAUCGGGGGUUCCGAGGUGCACGAGAUCGACUCAGGCCAACAAGUGGAGACGGGCGCGACGUCCAGGACAGAGCUGGAAUAGUUUCGUCCACUUUGUGAAAAGUGAGAUGACCUUGGCGACUGACGACCAUGUUUACACGUGUUCAGACAGUUCUUUUCAGCGUGUUGGGCGUUCUGUCCUGGUAUGGGACCGGAAUAAGACAAUGGUUCGGAUGGAAAGCAAGGGAUGGUAUAUAUUUGGAAGCGUUUUGCUUUUUGGGAAAAGAAAAAAGGCGAUCCGGUCCCCAGUUAUAGUAUAAACGAG